AUGCGUCUCCCAUACGUCCCCGACCCGCCGAACUUCACGUCCGAAGAAGACAAAGCCGUCGAGCAGCGCGUCAGACAACGGCGAGGCGAGAAGGGCCUCAUAGCUCUAGACCGGACAUUGCUUCAUGCUCCCCCGGUCGCGGACGGGUGGAACUCAUUCCUCGGCUCCAUCCGCACAAAAACCAGUCUACCGACUUCCAUCCGUGAAACAGCCAUCUGCCGCGUUGCAGUUCUAAACAAGGCAUGGUACGAAUGGGAGUCUCAUUCGCCGAUUCUCGAAUCAGCUGAAGCCCUCAAACACCUACUUACCCUCCACCAAGACGUCACAAAACCCCAAGUCCUCGCCGUCUUAAACUCCCAACCUCGGGAACCACUCGCCGACUUAGGCGAGAAGCUGGGCGCUGUACUGGCAUACACGGAUGCCAUGACACUAGACGUUCGUGUGCCAGACAGUGUGUUCGAGCAGUUGAAGCAAGUAGGGUUCAGCGAGAAGGAGAUUGUAGAGAUCACAGCGACGGUCGCGGCGUAUAACUGCGUGAGUAGGUUUUUGGUUGCUUUGGAUGUGGGGGAGAGGAAUGCGCAGACGGGGCCGAAGGAAGGGGGGAAGGAGUAA